GAACGCAGAACGCUGCAGUUUUCUCAUGUUUAAGGUAAAGUACACAUUUGUCUGAGGCGGAGAGUCAAGUGACUGAAUCUUUGCGUCACGGCAGGGCGUAUAAUAGCUGGAGUUUCCACUGGAUCCCAGACUGGGAGUGAAGAUUCUCUGAAGAACAAAAGAAGAGACAGUUCAAUCAAAAUGGGUGUAAAGGUGUGGAAAUGGCUUCUAGCUGCUGCUGGAGUGUUGCUGCUGGCUCUUCCUCACGUUUCCACCGCUCUCAGCCUGAAGCAGAAGCUGGCUGACUGUCUGAAUGACACAGACUACCAAGAGCUGCUCUAUAUAGCAAAGAACGGCCUUCCACACACCAGCAAACCCCAACACAUCGCCAUUGUUGGUGCUGGCAUAGCUGGACUGACGGCCGCCAAGUUACUACAGGAUGCAGGACAUAAGGUGACCAUCAUUGAGGCCAGCGGUCGCAUUGGAGGCAGAGUGGAGACUUACAGGAAUACAAAAGAGGGAUGGUACGCUGACCUUGGAGCAAUGAGGAUCCCCAGUUAUCAUCACAUCGUCCGGCAGUUCAUUCAUGACCUUGGGGUCAAGUUGCAGCCUUUCACCAUGGAUGACCACAACACUUUCUACGUUAUCCGUGGGAAUCGGAGCAGAACAUACUCUGUCAAGGCCAACCCCGACAUCCUGGGGUACAACGUGUCCAUCAGCGAGAGGGGGAAGUCAGCAUCUGAACUGCUGUCCAUGGCUCUGCAGAAGGUCAAAGAUGAAGUGGAGACUAAUGGCUGUGAGGCUAUGCUGAAGAAAUACGAUCACUACUCUGUGAAGGAGUAUCUAAAGGUGGAAGGUGGUCUGAGUCGGGAGGCCGUGCAGAUGAUCGCGGACCUUCUGAACGAGCAGAGUCUCCUGUACUUGGCUCUGACUGAAAUGAUCUACAUCGAGAGUGACGUCAGCGAUGAUACCACCUACGAUGAAAUAAGCGAAGGAACGGAUACCCUCGUCACAAAGUUUCUGGACGCCAUACACAGCACGUUGUUCCUGAACUCCACGGUCAAACUCAUUCAACACACCAACAAAGGCGUGACCGUGUGGUAUCGCAGAGAUGGCAGUGACUAUUGGCAGCCAGUGGACGCCGAUGUCGUCCUGGUGACCGCCACGGCCAGAGCCACCCUCUUCAUGGAGUUUGACCCUCCUCUGUCCUCCUUUAAGAUGGAGGCCAUGCGUGCGGCCCACUACGCAAGCUCCACCAAAAUCAUCCUGACCUUCAGCCGCAAGUUCUGGCUGGACGACGGCAUCCAGGGAGGCAAGAGCAUCACUGACAGACCCUGCCGUUACAUCUACUACCCCACUCACAGCUUCGCAAAAAACAACAGCAUCGGGGUCCUGCUCGCAUCCUACACCUGGUCCGAUGACUCCCUCCUCUUUCAUGGCGCUAGUGAUGAGGAACUGAAAGACAUGGCUCUGAGGGACCUGGCACAUGUCCACCCCGACGCCAACGUCAGCUCCCUCUGCACAGGGGUGGUGGUGAAGAGGUGGAGCUUGGAUCCAUACAGUUUAGGGGCCUUCACCUUGUUCAGUCCCUACCAGCACUUGGAGUAUUCUGCCGAGCUCUUCCAGAGCUACGGUAACGUGCACUUUGCAGGAGAACACACGGCUUUUCCUCACGGCUGGAUCGAAACGUCCAUGAAAUCUGCAAUCAGGGCAGCGAGGAACAUCAACGAUGCUGCAAACUUCCAGGAAAUCAGAGCUUCAACUCGAGAUGAGUUCUGAAGGCCAGAAGGAACAAGUGUUUACGAGAUUUAAAAUAUCUGCUUACACUAAUUUUGAAGGCUGCUAGUUUUUUUUUGUUAUUUGGCAUUUUGUCGAUUCAUUGACGUAAAAAUAUUAGUGCAGAUUGUUAGGUUUUAAAAUUAUACUUUUGAAUCCAGUGACGUUCACACCGCCCUCGCGGUGCGUUCAAACGACCACUUUCAGUGAGAAGUUAAGUUAAACUUUAGGGCUUCUGGGUUCAUUGAUUGCACCUUCAAAGCUUAACCAUUUAACACCUGAGGCGUCACCAGUGACGCUUAAAAGCAACAUGCUUAACAUACUGUAAGCCGCUUUUCUCCUUUACAAUCUACUGGAAUGACAUUGAUCAUGUUACCAGUUAAAACGUUGCAGCAAAUCUAAGAAUAUAAACACUGGAGCUCUGGUGUUAAAGGGCUAAUUGAUAGCUAGCUCUGAAGCUAUGAUCACACCACCAUCAAAAACUUGCGUUUAAGCGACUAUUUCCAAUGAAAUGUCUAAGGAAAUGCGCUCAAAAAUCAUGUUCUUCAUUACUACGCACCUUUUUAAGUCACUAUUUGGGCUCUACUUACAAAACACGUCCAUUGAACAUGUUCAAAUUUGAAUUAUUCGCGCUGAAAUUCCCCUUUGUCAGUCUCAGAAUCCACUAGAAUUGCGUUAAUUGUGUAGUUUGAAGAACGUGUGUUAUUAUAGUUGCUGGAAAAAGACAGUACGGCAAGCCAAAAGGGUCAAAAAUCAGCGUGAAAAACGGGUAUGGCAGUGCCUCACCUGCACAUAUACUAUGAAUAGUAAUUAUUAUUUGAAAUAUUGAAAUGUUCCCACAGUUAGUUUCAAUACUACAAUUAACAGAAAAAAUGAGGGUUUAUUCAUUAAAACGAUUUCAUUUGGACAUUGUAUAGUAAGCGUUCUAUCAUCUCAGUUUUUUAGAUUUGGUCUCCAGACAUGUAAAUGUAAUCAAACUUCAUGUUUUUACAUUUUUGUUUAUGUUUAAAGUUCAAAGAUGUGUGAGUGUAUAUUUAUGUUUUCAAGUACUUUAUAUAU